GGUCGCUCAUGUUGGCGCUUUGAGGCGUGUCCGGUUCGAAGAUGGCCAGCAAGUCAUAGUGUGCUUGUGGGAGGCAGCUGGUUUUUGCGAUCUUAUGGUAUAGAUACCCUUUUGACUUCUCGACUUCUGUAACGCGCGCGAAAACAUAGCUAGCAUUCUGGAAUUCAUGCACUGCUUUGGACAACGCAUCAUGUUUCUGGCCGGCGCUCCGCUUGUGGUCUGAUAGGCAUGGUAGCCCUGAUACCCGCCCAAUCAUAAAUUUGGAGAUGGUGGCGCAUGCUCUGACGCUGCUCUCGGCGAGACGUUCAGUGCAUGUGAAAGUGUGUAGAAACUCGUUGCCUAAGUGUGAGCGAGUACAGUGCGAGGAAUACGACUCGUCGUUCUCGCGUGGGCAGUGGAAUUGCGUAGAUGGAACGUGAAGAGCGAAGAAGACGACGUGGCGCAGUCGUUCAUGUGGCUGGACCGGGUGAUUUGCCCCUCCCUCCACCCAUGACGUGGUGCCUGCUCAAUAGAGUUGCGCUGUUUGUGCGUUGCCAACAUUGACCGCGCAAAAAGGCCUCGUGUCUGGGAGCAGCAUAUAACGCACCUUCUUCCACACAACACCACCUUCCACACACUCUCAACAAUACAUCCUCUCCAAAUCCGAAACCCAUCUUCCACUUCCGCAAACAACACAACCCACGACCACCCAUCAUGUCGAACACCGUCCACGUCCAGGGUAUCAGCGGUCAGACCAGCGAGAAGGAGGUCCGCGACUUCUUCAGCUUUUGCGGCAAGAUCCAAUCCAUCUCCGUGACCCCAGAGUCCAGCGAGGCAUCGUCGUCGCAGUCCGCCACAGUUACCUUCGAGAAAGAGACGGCAGCAAAGACAGCUCUGCUGCUCGACAACACACAGCUCGGUCCAUCGCAGGUGCACGUCACCCCGGGCAAAUCGCUCGACCAGGCUGCCGGUGGAAAGACAGCAGGUGCCUCAGAAGAUGACCUCGCACAAGAAGACAAGCCUCGUGCUCGUGUCGCUGCAGAGAUGUUGGCACAUGGCUACAACCUGAGCGAUCAGGUCAUCCAGAAGGCUCUCGCCCUCGACCAGCAACAUGGCAUCUCCCAGCGUUUCACCUCUGCCCUUACGAACUUCGACUCCAAGUACAAGGUGACCGAGAAGGCUCAGGCUACCGACAACCAGUACGGCAUUACCGCCAAGGCCAACGAGGGCUGGAGAGGCCUCAACUCAUACUUUGAGAAGGCUCUCGGAACCCCGACCGGACAGAAGGUCCGCGCAUUCUACGAGCAAGGUAGCAAGCAGGUGCUCGACGUCCACAACGAGGCCAAGCACCUUGCAUCGCUCAAGGCUGGCAAAGCACCAAACCACCCAGUCGAGGGCAAGGAGGGUCGCACCGCUUGCAACUGCGGUAGUGUCGCUGGCAAGUGCUCCUGCAAGCCGGGCGAGUGCGCGUGCUCCAGCUGCAGCAAGAACCCAGAUGACAGCAAGCCUGCCGUCUCAGCAGAGGAGGCCGAACUCGAGAAGGUUCCAGGCACUGAGAAGACCAAGUGCAACUGCGGUGGCGCCGACGAGAAGUGCGCUUGCGAGCCAGGCAAGUGUGCUUGUGCCAGCUGCCCACGUUCUUCUUAAAGGCUGCAAUCACACCUCGAUGGCUGUGCUUUCAAGAGCAUAGUCGUUGACACUUGAGUGGAGGCAUCGACAGAACGGCGACCUUUUAAUGAUGUCAUUGGCCACGAUGUAUCAGUAUUGCGAAGAGCGAUUUGGCGCCGGUUGCAUGAGAUAGGCGGGAAAAAAUUGUCACGAAGUUAUGAUAUCCAGAUAGCGUACGAGAAAAGCUGUUGCUAUUAUAUGCUGUUGUCCAUCAAAGUCCCUUGUCAGUCG